AUGCCGCCUCCCACCAGCCACCGCCCGAACCCGCUCCGGGCCCUUUUCCAGCCGAGCGGGCAGUCCGAAAUACUCGUCGCCAUCUUCGACCAUCUUACCCUACACGACAUCCCCGCUUUGCUUCGCGUCAACAAAUACGCCAACGACAUAUUCAUCAGCAGCUCCCACCUGCAACUCCGCUACCGAAGGGCAUAUCACUCCCUCGCCUCUAACGUCUCCCUCUCAACACCAGGCAGGCCUUCGAACUCGGCUGAUGAGGUCGCUACUCUCCUUGAGCGCGAAAGACGCUUGAAAUGCCUCCGACCUUCCGAGAUCAGAUGCCUACAUAUCCCCAAAGGCGAUGUCAUUGGGGUCAAGGACAAUCAUAUGCUCGUUAGCGAGUGCGUCAAUCAGAUGGCCAUCGACCCCAGCGAUCCGGAUCAGGAGAAUUACUGGGACGGCUGGUCCAUCUGGCGCAUGAGGGACACUACGUCCUUCGAUGGCGAGUCCCGGGGCGCGAGAAAGCUGCAGGGGAUGUGGAGAUGGAAAUUCAACUUUCGAGGAAUUGUUGAUGCUGCAGACAUUUGUGUUGAAGACAAUGUGAUUGCUGUAGCCUAUUCAGUGGAUCAUCCGCCUUGCGAAUCCAUCGAGGUUGGAUCCAUGCUCAAGGUCGUUCACCGUGUCUACUUUUACACUCUAGUCCCCCCCGUUGGUACUCCUCAGCAACCAGACGGUGUCUUUCCUACCCCAAUCCCUCAUCCCGACGCCAAGCUACCCUACAUUGAAGUACUUGUGCCUGCGAGACUCCAUCUGCACCGCAUAGAGGUCCAUAUGGGAGCAGGCGGGAAAGUGGGCCUUCUCCUCACAUCUGCGGACCAUUUCAGGUCCAAUUUUGUCGGUCUUUGGGAUUGGAAAAGUGGUGUCUCCAUUGGAAAACUCUCACCUACCGCCCAUACCCCCGUCUGCGACGAUUUCCGAUUCCUUGGCCCCUUCAUCGUCAGUGCAUCGAUGAAGGAGCUCCCAAAACCGGCAGACGACGACUUCAUGGAUCUGUUCAAUCGUCAGCCACCCCCGCCUCCACCCCCAGCUAAGGCUCCACCCCCUCCACCAAAACCUAAAGCUCCCCUCCGCCCGGAGAAGAAGUCUGCCAAGGCUCCUCAAACCAAGUCGAGGGCUUCCAUGUACGACGAUAUCGACUAUGAUUCAGAGGAAGACUCUGGUUCUACCGCGAGCUCUGCGCCCAAAACAAAAACCUUUUCGAUCGAAGGCGUUCAUUGGCGUACCCCAGAAGAAAUUCUGGGCAGGCCUUUCGUCCCUGCCCCCAAGAAUCCUACGAGCGUGUAUGACGAUAUCGAUUACGACUCGGAAGAAGAUAUACUCAAUGAACCCAUACCCGCCAAGCCGCCUAAGGAGAUGGUAUACGCUCUCGACACUCUGAGUCAUCUUCCUGCGGACCGCGGGUCGAAACCUACCAAGCGUCGAAGCGAUAAGCAUGUCGGCCCAGGGCAAGAGAUCGUCGGCCCUUGUACUUGGUACGAAGAAGACAUUCCGUAUUGCAUGCCUCUUGCUUCCCUGCAGCUCCCGGCACUAAAUACUGUUCCUCCUUUUGGCGUCAGCGAGUCUCCUCUGGACGUCAUCUUGGACUAUUGUGUCAUCGAUACAGACUUCCAAGCAGUCCGCUUAGCUAUCGAAGACUUUGCGGUGGACAGUGAGCUACUGAGUGGCGAGAGACAGGGGUUAAUGCCUUUUGUCCUGGCGGGCAGUACAGCCGAUGGUCUUGGGCGCAGUAUGCCGACGUGCUGCAAGGGGAUGGUCGACAUCAAAAUGUUGAUUGACAAAUCUGUUGAGGCUAUGCAGUGGCAUAUGGCUAAAGCUCAAGGCGUCGACCUGAAACUCUUGAUGCUAGGCACCAAGCUCAACAAGAAGCACUGGCGAGAUCAACUCGCAGAAGCUUUCGUUCUAUUUUCAAAGUCGGCGACGGAGGAUGGCUGGGAGACGGACGAGGAUAUCUACUCCCGAUACCUGCCAAAGCCAAAACAAAAAGCCAACCAGAAAAGGCCCGGGGCGGCAACUUUUUCGAAAAAGGCGAAGAAGACGGGUUACAAGUGGGAUCGACCCUAUCGCGUACCAUUCAAGGACUGGCAAUCGGCCGUCAGUAUGCGUUUCAAUGGCCGGCCCGAAGUAUCUGUCUCGGGAACCAGGACCAUCACAAUUGAGCGUAUUCCGAACGCCAAACCGGUGAUUAGGAAGAAGGAUGGGCAAAUGAUGAUUCGCAAUUGGCUUGUCAUGCACGACUACUCUCGGCGAACAUACCGCGAGAACCCCUUGAAACCACGACAAUCCUUGGGUGGUCUUCCUCCCCCACCACCACUUGAUACAGCUGCCACAGCUGGCCCCUCCACUGCACCUCUCGCAUCUGAGGAACCACAUAAGCUCUUUAAUCGACCGCGCAUUAUCAAGUGUCCCCAGCCUGUCCCUCUACCCCUAGCAGGCAUGGACAGUGAGCCGGCAAUAUAUAAGACUUCAAAGAUGGAAGACCAGAGAUUGUGGACGAAGCGAAUCUUUGAGGAAGAGAUUGUGCAGUCACACUUGCCGUUCACGGAAACGAGGACGAAGGUAUUGUUUGAUGUGGCGAGGCCAACAGUGUCGGCACUGUUCGAUGGGAGGUCGCUGGUCGUUGGAGUGGACCAAGGAGCUCAUAUCUUCACUUUCUGA